GGGGGGGGGGGGGGUUCUAAAUUUAGAAAUCAUUGUAAGAUAAAUGAAAGUUUUGGUGAGGCAUAUAAAAUAUAUGCAUAAUUUGAGAGGGGGAGAGAGAAAACGAAAGAAGUUCACGUACUAACGUCCAAACGUACAGGUUUUUGCUGUCGCAUUCACGCCCUUUCAAAUCCCAAAACAGCAGCUGUUGUCUCUCCGAUCCAUCUCUCUCUCUCUCUCUCUCAAUCCCUGAAAAUGGCACCAGUCUCUGCUCUUGCCAAGUACAAGCUCGUCUUCUUGGGAGACCAAUCCGUUGGUAAAACCAGCAUCAUCACUCGCUUCAUGUACGAUAAAUUCGACAACACAUAUCAGGCUACAAUUGGUAUUGAUUUUUUAUCAAAGACCAUGUAUCUUGAAGAUCGAACAGUUCGUCUGCAGCUAUGGGAUACUGCUGGGCAGGAAAGAUUUAGGAGCCUCAUUCCAAGCUACAUUAGGGAUUCAUCUGUUGCUGUUAUUGUGUUUGAUGUCGCAAGCCGACAGUCUUUCCUAAACACUUCAAAGUGGAUUGAGGAGGUUCGUACUGAGAGAGGCAGUGAUGUCAUUAUCGUGCUCGUUGGAAACAAAACUGACCUUGUGGAGAAAAGGCAAGUUUCUAUAGAGGAAGGAGAAGCCAAAUCUCGUGACCUUGGUGUCAUGUUUAUUGAAACCAGUGCAAAAGCUGGCUUUAAUAUAAAGGCACUGUUCCGCAAAAUUGCUGCAGCACUACCAGGAAUGGAAAAUCUUUCUUCAACGAAACAAGAGGACAUGGUUGAUGUGAAUCUGAAGUCCACCAGCAGUGCUGCUUCACAGGCACAGCCUCAAUCAGGAGGAUGCGCCUGUUGAUGUAACCAUGCCCCAAACCUUGCAGUUCUUUGCUCCAUUUCCUGCCAUCUAUUUGGCUGAUGGUGAAUCUGAAAUCUACUGGUGGCAGCAAAUUUGAUUCCCAACCUCGGGCAGGUGGAUGCUUCUCCUAAAUCAUCUAUAUUUCUUGCUGCUGGGGUUUGUAAAGUUUUCAUGUUCUUCUGGAAAUGCUAAGUUAUUGGCUUAACACCUGGGCAGAAGUUUCUCUCAGAGAUCUAGGAGUGGAAAGAAGGAUGAUGAUAUGGAAGAUUGUCUUGUUAAUUAGAUUGGUGAGAAUAGAAUCUUAGAUGGAUGGCAAGAUUUAGUAAGGACUUGAAUAGAUUUUUUCCCUUUAGUACUUGAGGAUGAAUGUUAAACUUCUGUUUUUAAUUUUUUUUAACCGAGCAAUGAGCAUUUGGAUAUCCUUCAUUGUAGCUUCAAGUGAAAGUGUGUAAUUAUUUAUUUUGACAUGCACCAAGGUUUGAAGGUUUUUGUUUCCAAAA